CUCGCCUUGUUUGCCUCCAGUCCGACUGUAGCUCCGACUGUCUGCACGGCGUGUGGAUGAGGCGCAGAGAGAACAACCAGCAGCGCAGAGAAAGCUAGACUGAAGAAGUCAUAAUAACCCUCUCCGGGGCUUCAUCUUUAAACCAGGCCGCUGGAGACCUCCACACAGACUUGACGUGCUCGGAGUUUCAUUUCGUAGCGAGACUGGGGUGCAUCGUCUCCUUGAAGUGAUCUUUUUUUAUGCAGUCUACCCGUAUAGCGCUCGUGUCGGAAGGAGCCUGGCUGCACGCACAGGAGGAAGGAGGGAGGGGGAGUAACGAUCAUUACUUUUGAACAGACCCUUCGACAUGGAGCUAUUCGUCCGGUCCCGGACCCUCUGGCUUGAAGAGGAACAGAUACCUGCCACAGGAAACCCCACCAUCUGUCCCCAGUGAAGAAAGUAGAGCAUGCAGCCGAGCCCCAGCCGUCUUUGUGCGACCCGCUGCUUAGUUUCUGGGGGCCUCUUCUGAAAAAAAGGAGAGGAGGGGGGCUCCUAGUGUUGAUCUGAAAUUCACACUCCAUGCCGGGAUCCAUAUUUUGGCACGGCGUACCACAAUGAGGAAGAUGACUGGUGAUGCUUCUCUGAGAACUACUGAUCGUUGACAUCGCUCCAGCUUUCAACUUAUCGUUGACAUCGCUCCAGCUUUCCACUUUUCCACUGCAACAUAUUAAACCACUAUUAUUAGCAAAAAGGCUCCCUGGAUCGUCUGCAUACAGCGCACAAUGGCCUCUGCACUGUGGAGGUGUCUGAUGUUCCGCUGCCUCUUGCUUCUUCCCUUUUUGCUUCACUGUUCACAAGGGUUCAGCCGUGCUGCCUUGCCUUUCGGGCUGGUCAGGAGGGAGCUCUCAUGUGAAGGAUAUGCAAUCGAUCUCCGCUGCCCGGGGAGUGAUGUCAUUAUGAUCGAGACGGCCAACUACGGCCGAACCGACGACAAGAUCUGUGACGCUGACCCAUUCCAGAUGGAGAACGUCAACUGCUACCUCCCCGAUGCCUACAAGAUUAUAUCACAAAGGUGCAACAACCGUACGCAGUGUGUGGUUGUCACUGGCUCUGAUGUCUUUCCUGAUCCAUGCCCUGGCACCUACAAGUACUUAGAGGUCCAGUAUGAGUGUGUUCCCUAUAAAGUGGAGCAAAAAGUUUUCAUUUGUCCCGGGACUCUGAAGGGCAUAGGAGACGCCACCUUCCUGUUUGAGGCAGAGCAGCAAGCGGGCUCGUGGUGCAGAGACCCUCUGCAGGCCGGUGAUAAAGUCUUCUUCAUGCCCUGGACGCCAUACCGCACUGACACGCUCAUCGAGUACGUCUCUCUGGAAGACUUCAAAAACGGUCGCCAGACAACCACCUAUAAACUGCCGCACCGUGUUGAUGGGACAGGCUUCGUGGCCUACGAUGGCGCCAUCUUCUUUAACAAAGAACGCACUCGCAACAUUGUCAAGUUUGACCUGCGUACGCGCAUCAAAAGCGGCGAGGCUAUCGUUAACAAUGCCAACUAUCACGACACCUCGCCUUACCGCUGGGGUGGCAAGACGGACAUUGACCUGGCAGUAGACGAGAGGGGCUUGUGGGUAAUCUACGCCACGGAACAGAACAAUGGGCGCAUUGUGGUGAGCCAGCUGAACCCGUACACUCUCCGCUUCGAGGCCACAUGGGACACGGCGUACGACAAGCGCUCGGCCUCCAACGCCUUCAUGGUGUGCGGUGUGCUGCACGUGGUCCGCUCGACCUACGAAGAGAACGAGAGCGAGGCCAGCAAGAGCCAAAUUGAUUACAUCUACAACACCAAGAUAAGCCAGGGCGAAUACAUCGACAUCCUCUUCCCCAACCAGUACCAGUACAUCACCGCUGUGGAUUACAACCCCAGGGACAACCAGCUAUACGUGUGGAAUAACUUUUACAUCGUGCGCUACGACCUGGACUUCGGGCCUCCGGAUCCUGCUGAAAUGCCAACCAGUGAACAUUUCUCCAUCUCGCCAUCCAUAAGCAAGACCACCGUCAUCAGCACCACGGCCGCGUCCACCAUGAAGGGGCAGGGCGACACCACUGUAGCAGGAGCAGACCCAAGAGAUGGGAGGGACCCGUUUGAGGAAAAUAGUGGAUCCAGUACAGCAGAACCCACCGUCCCUGAGCUGCCACCGACACCCAGACGCUUCUGUGAGGACACCCGGAGGAGAGCCAUCGACUGGCCCCAGACCCACACUGGGAGCACUGUGGAGAGGCCCUGUCCUAAAGGGACCAGAGGCAUCGCCUCCUUCCUCUGCACUGUGGCAGGGGCCUGGUGCUCCAAAGGACCAGACCUCAGCAACUGCACCUCCCACUGGGUGAAUCAAGUGGCACAACAGAUUCGGAGUGGCGAAAAUGCUGCUAAUUUAGCCAAUGAGCUGGCACGGCACACACAGGGCCCGGUGUUUGCCGGAGACGUCAGCUCCUCGGUGCGUCUGAUGGAGCAGCUCGUGGAUAUCCUGGAUGCUCAGCUGCAGGAGCUCAGACCCAGCGAGAAAGACUCAGCUGGGCGCAGCUUCAACAAGCUUCAAAAAAGAGAGAAGACAUGCAGGGCGUACAUGAAGGCAAUCGUGGACACUGUUGACAACCUCCUGAGGCCGGAAGCUCUGGAAUCCUGGAAAGACAUGAAUUCCACGGAACAAUCGCACGCCGCCACCAUGCUACUGGAUACCCUGGAGGAAGGGGCAUUUGUCCUUGCUGAAAACCUGAUUGAGCCAGCGAUAGUUAAAGUACCCGCAGAGAAUAUCAUGUUGGAUGUGUAUGUGUUAAGCACCGACGGUCAGGUGCAAGACUUCAGGUUUCCUCAGACAAGCAAGGGUGGAGCGUCUCUACGGCUUUCCUCCAACACGGUCAAGAUCAACAGUAAAAAUGGUGUGGCGAAGCUGGUAUUCGUUCUCUACAAACACCUGGGUCAGUUCCUCAGCACCGAGAACGCCACACUGAGGGGAAUGGGGGACCUGAGCAAACGCAACAUCUCCCUCACCGUCAACUCCCACAUCCUGUCGGCUUCUAUCACCAAGGAGUCCAGCCGAGUGUUUGUGGCAGACCCCGUGAUCUUCACACUGGAGCACCUGGAUAAGAUACACUACCACAACCCCAACUGUUCCUUCUGGAAUUACUCAGAGCGUAGCAUGAUGGGAUACUGGUCUACUCAGGGCUGUAAACUGCUGGACACCAACAAGAGCCACACCACUUGCUCCUGCAGUCACUUGACCAACUUCGCCAUCCUCAUGGCUCAUCGGGGAAAUGUGGGGGAAGGAAGCGUCCAUGAUCUUCUGCUCACCGUUAUCACCCGGAUGGGUAUCGCUGUGUCUCUCGUCUGCCUUGCCAUCAGCCUCUUCACAUUCUGCUUCUUCAGAGGUCUACAAAGCGACCGCAACACCAUCCACAAAAACCUCUGCCUCAACCUGUUCAUCGGCGAGCUCGUCUACCUCGUGGGCAUCAACAUGACAGAGCCAAAGCUGGUGUGCUCCAUCAUUGCCGGUGUUCUCCACUUCUGCUUCCUGGCUGCGUUCGCCUGGAUGUGUCUGGAGGGUGUGCAGCUGUACCUCAUGCUGGUCGAGGUGUUUGAGAGCGAGUUCUCGCGCAGGAAGUACUAUUACAUCUCUGGGUACCUCAUUCCGGCUGUGGUUGUGGGAAUCUCAGCCGCCAUCGACUACAGAGGCUAUGGCACCCAGCGGGCAUGCUGGCUGAGGGUUGAUAACCAUUUCAUCUGGAGCUUCAUUGGACCUGUGACCUUAAUCAUUGUGGUCAAUGUCAUCUUCCUGAUGGUGACGAUGUUCAAGAUGGUGAAGCACUCCACCUCCAUGAAACCCGACUCGACCAGGUUGGGGGGGAUCAGGUCGUGGGUGUUGGGAGCGUUUGCCCUACUUUGUCUGUUGGGCCUCACCUGGUCCUUUGGCUUGCUCUUCCUCAAUGAAUCGUCCAUUGUGAUGGCUUACCUCUUCACUAUCUUCAACACUCUGCAAGGGAUGUUUAUCUUCAUCUUCCACUGCCUCCUCCAGAAAAAGGUCCGCAAAGAGUACAGCAAAUGUUUCCGUCAGUCCCAGUGCUGCGGCGCGCUGCCAUCAGAAGGCCCCCACAGCGCAGCCAAGACCGCCACGUCUCGAUCCACGGCCCGCUACUCAUCUGCAACACAGAGCCGCAUCAGGCGGAUGUGGAACGACACGGUGAGAAAGCAGUCGGAGUCAUCCUUUAUCUCAGGAGACAUAAACAGCACCUCCACGCUCAACCAGGGGAUGACUGGCAACUACCUCCUAACUAACCCUCUCCUCCGAACCCACGACACUAACCCUUAUAACAACCUGCUGGCAGAAACGGUGGUGUGCAACACCCCCUCUCCACCGGCCUUUCACUCCCCAGGACAGCACUCUCUGAGCAACAGCAGGGACAUCAGUGCCAUGGACACCCUCCCCCUCAAUGGCAAUUUCAACAACAGCUACUCCCUGCGCGACGAUGACUAUCAGACCGUGAGCGUCAGAGCCACAGGUGACCUGGGGGGCCUCCACCUUGAUGAUGCAGCCAUCGAGAAGAUGAUUAUAUCUGAGAUUGUCCACAACAACCUAAGGCCCCGUGGGGCCCCAAAAGGCCGCGACGCCCCGAGGGAGCAGGACAGAGCCUUGCCCCCGCAGACCAGGGUGACAGUGGACCGAGGUGGGGGUGGCAGCGGCAGCGAGGAUGACGCCAUCGUGGCGGAUCACGCUGAGGCAUCACCCCCCCAGAUAGGAAGUGGACGAGGAGGCCACGCCACCCUGGAGCUGCUCCUGCACCCCCACCACAAGGAGGUGUUGGAGGCCCCUCUUCUGCCCCAGAGGACUCACUCUCUGCUCUACAGCGCCCAGAAGGCCCCCAGGCGCCUGGAGGGGCCGGGCGGCAAUGGCUCUGAGACUGUUACUGCAUUGGAGGACAUGGGCUCCCACUCACCCAACAAUAACAGAGACUCCCUUUACACCAGCAUGCCAAACUUGAGAGACUCACCCUCGCCCUCAGCUUCGCCGUACCCCCCUGAGGAGGAAGAGGAGCUCUCCCCCUCACCUCGAAGCGAGAGCGAGGACGCGUAUCACAAAAGCAUGCCUGAACUCGGUGAUGCGCCGCAGCCCAUGUCCUACUACCACAUAAACCGAGGUACCAGCGACGGAUGCAUCCUCCCGCCCAACAAUGAAGACUGUGCGCAGGAAGGAGAGGCACCCAGCGACGGACAAAUGCAGCUCAUUACCAGCCUCUGAUUCGGCACUCUUUGUUUGCACAGGUUUGAACAGAUGGCUGCUUUUCCAUUGAUGUCAAGAGAGCUGGCAAGUCUGGCUCCGCACUCCACAUGCCCUUUCUCUUAGGACAGGAAGUGAAAUGUUGUUGGGUGGGAAAACAAAUGAAGAAAUGACUUUUGCACACAGAUACCAUUAACACACAAAACACAUUCAUCCGAGACCAGGCAAAUGUGGACUGUGAGAGCUCUGCUGUUGGACUAAAGAGGUGCAGAGAAUAACACGCUGUCAGAGAAAAGUCUGGCCUUUCUGUUGUACUGUACUGUCGAAGAAUAAGGGAUUAAAAAAAUACUCCAAGCAAAGAACUAUGAAACUCCUGACAUAUCCUUUGGGGACUUUGCAGAACCAGGGUCUUUUUAGUCAUGAAGUAUAGAACUAGAGCUAGUGUGGCUCCACUACACAGUCAAGACUCUAAAGUUAAGAAACCACUAAUUCAGACUCAGGCCUUAUAUUUUCUCUAUUGCACAUUUAACUGUUGUCAAAGUAACAGCUAAAGAAAAUAUAUUUUGCUGUACCACUAGUGUAAAAAGUCAAAAAAAGAAAGAAGAAAGAAAAACAAAAGAAAAAAAGGCAACCAUUCAGUAGUUAUGCCCUUUCAAUGUCAAUAAGAUUAUUCAGACAAGAUUACUCAAAGUCGUGGAAAUGUACUUUUUCCUCUCACACUUGACUCAUUGUAUUAUGUUUGAAUAUUAAAAAAAAAAAGUUUUGCGAGAUAUCAGUCCAUAUGAAAUCAUGCUCACGUAUCUGCUUGUGAAGUGCUUUUGCUUUCAUGAAUGAUGAGUUUUUGCCAGUAGUACAUUUGUUAACACCGGGCCAUGCACAGAUUUGGAGUGAAUUGGAAACUUGUGUAAUUUAUUUUACUUGAAAGAAAUCGUCAGCUUAAAGACUUAUGUUCACAUCAAUGCGAUAUUGCAGUUUUUGCGGACAUAUUUCAUCCUUUGACACUAAUUAAUUUAUUAACUGAACUAUUCAGAAAAAAUGGAAAAAAAGAACAUGGUUGGAAAGUGUGAAAAGUUGUUGCAGCACUGGUUAGGUUCAUUUUAUUUCUUUUGUAAGAGCCCAUCAUCAGCUGAUAUUUAAUUCAACUCCUGUUUGAUAUCAAAUAAAUGUGAAUUUUUUCUUGUU